AGGAGGAGGAGGGAGAGGGAGAAGAGCUCAUGGUGGCAGGCGGAGGGUCGAGGCCGCCCGGCCGGCAAUUGCCGCAAAAGCCGACUUGCUCUCUUUGGCCAAAGCUGUGAGCACUGCUGCCCCCCAGGACCACCUCUCCCACCCCACUCCUCCUCCCUCCACCCCAGCACCAUGGCUUUGGUCGUCCACCUCAAGACCGUCACCGACCUGCGUGGGAGAGGCGACCGCAUCGCCAAAGUGGCCUUCCGAGGUCUCUCCUUCUACACCAGAGUGCUCGAGAACUGCGAGAAUGAAGCUCCAUUCGAUGAGACUUUCCGGUGGCCCAUUGCGAGCAGCAUCGACGUCAACGAGAUGCUGGAAAUCCAGGUCUUCAACUACAGCAAGGUGUUCUCCAACAGACUCAUUGGAACCUUCCAGAUGGUACUGCAGAAAGUGGUGGAAGAAGGACACCUGGAGGUGACGGACACCCUGAUCGACGACAACAACGCUGCCAUUCAGACCAGCGUCUCCAUUGAGAUCCGGUACCAGGCUAUGGACGGCACCGUCGGCGCUUGGAAUGAUGAAGAGUUCCUGGAGAGCCCCAGUCGGCCCCGAUCUGAGGGGGACCCCUAUGAGACGGAUGCCUUGCUCCCCAGCAGCCGCCGCCAGUCGCCCAGCAAGGCCAGCGCCGCGGAGCGGGCCCUCCGGAGAGCUGGGAAAGGGGUCUUUUCCGCCAUGAAGCUGGGCAAAGUCCGCCACCCCAAAGACGACCACAGGAAACAAGAUGAACCGGCCGUCCUGGAAGCCGAGGACCUGGACCGCAAAGCCAUGCGCCUGGGGGGCGGCCUGGACCCGGACACCAUCUCCUUGGCCUCUGUCACCGCCGUCACCACCAAUGUCUCCAACAAGAGGUCAAAGCCUGAUAUCAAAAUGGAGCCUAGCGCUGGGAGGCCAAUGGAUUACCAGGUCAGCAUCACGGUCAUCGAGGCCCGGCAGCUGGUGGGGCUGAACAUGGAUCCGGUGGUCUGCGUGGAAGUCGGGGACGAGAAGAAAUACACCUCCAUGAAGGAGUCCACCAACUGCCCCUAUUACAAUGAGUACUUUGUAUUUGACUUCCAUGUUCCACCGGACGUCAUGUUCGACAAAAUCAUAAAAUUGUCGGUGAUCCACUCCAAGAACCUCCUGCGCAGCGGGACUUUGGUGGGCUCCUUCAAAAUGGAUGUCGGCACCGUUUACAGCCAGUCAGAGCACCAGUUCCACCACAAAUGGGCCAUCUUGUCUGACCCAGAUGACAUCACCGCUGGGCUGAAGGGCUACCUGAAAGUGGAUGUUGCGGUGGUGGGCAAAGGGGACAACAUCAAGACACCACACAAAGCCAACGAGACGGACGAGGAUGACAUCGAAGGGAACCUUCUUCUCCCCGACGGAGUCCCUCCGGAGCGGCAGUGGGCCCGCUUCUACAUCAAGAUCUACCGGGCGGAGGGCCUUCCGCGCAUGAACACCAGCAUCAUGGCCAACGUCAAGAAGGCGCUCAUCGGGGAGAACAAAGACCUGGUGGACCCCUACGUUCAGGUUGCUUUUGCCGGACAGAAGGGCAAAACGUCUGUCCAGAAGAGCAGCUAUGAGCCCUACUGGAACGAGCAGAUCGUCAUCACUGAGAUGUUCCCCCCGCUCUGCAAGCGCAUCAAGGUCCAGAUCCGCGAUUCUGACAAGGUCAACGAUGUGGCCAUCGGGACCCACUUCAUCGACCUCCGGAAGAUCUCCAACGAAGGAGACAAAGGCUUCCUCCCCACCUUCGGUCCGGCCUGGGUAAACAUGUACGGCUCCACCCGCAACUACACCCUGAUGGACGAGCAUCAGGACCUGAACGAGGGGCUCGGGGAAGGGGUCUCCUUCCGGGCCCGGCUGCUCCUCGGCUUGUCAGUGGAGAUAUUGGACACCAGUAACCCAGAGCUCACCAGUUCCACAGAGGUGCAGGUAGAGCUGGCCACUCCGGUCUCCGAUAACUGCACUGGCAAGAUGGAGGAGUUCUUCCUCUUCGGGUCCUUGCUGGAGGCCACCAUGAUUGACCGGAAGAACGGAGACAAACCGAUCAACUUUGAGGUCACAAUCGGCAAUUACGGUAACGAGAUCGAUGGGAUGUCGAAGCCUGUCAUCAAGAAGAAGAAAGAAGGCGGAGGAGAUGGCAACGAAGAGGAAUCGGAGCUGCUCCAGAACGAGAGCGAAGAAGAAGGAGGCGAUGAGGGAGAAUUCAUCUCCGUGUCGGUCACUCCACCCAUGAAGCCUUUGGUCACCGACAGGAACUACUUCCACCUGCCGUAUUUCGACAAGAAGCCCUGCAUUUACAUGAAGAGUUGGUGGCAGGACCAGAGGCGGCGGCUCUACAACUCCAACAUUAUGGACAAAAUUGCAGACAAAUUGGAAGAAGGCCUCAACGAUGUUCAUGAGAUGAUCAAGACGGAGAAGCCCCAUCCAGAACGGCGCCUGCGAGGGGUUCUGGAGGAACUGAGCAGCAGUUGCCUGCGGUUCGUGACGCUCGCCAACAAAGAGCAGGGCCAUUCCUCCCGGACGCGGCUGGACCGAGAGAGGCUGAAGUCCUGCAUGCGGGAGCUGGAGACGAUGGGCCAGCAGGCCAAGACCAUGCGCUCCCAGGUGAAGAAGACCACCAUCCGGGACAAGCUGAAGCAGUCCCAGAACUUCCUGCAGAAGCUGCGCUUCUUGGCCGACGAGCCCCAGCACAGCAUCCCGGAGGUCUUCAUUUGGAUGAUGAGCAACAACAAGCGCAUUGCGUACGCCCGCAUCCCUUCCAAGGACAUCCUGUACUCCAUCGUGGACGAGGAAACGGGCAAGGACUGCGGCAAAGUGAAAACCGUCUUCCUGAAGUUGCCAGGGAAAAGGGGCUUUGGACCGGCCGGCUGGACAGUGCAGGCCAAAAUGGAGAUCUACCUGUGGCUGGGGCUGAACAAGCAGCGGAAGGACUACCUCGGGGGGCUUCCUUGCGGCUUCGAAGAGAAGAAGCUGCCCAGGGGACAGGGCAUCCCGAACUUCCCACCCAUCUGCCUCCUUUACACCAAGAAACAGGUCUUCCAGCUCCGCGUCCACAUGUACCAGGCCAGGAGCCUCUUUGCUGCGGACAGCAGUGGACUUUCGGACCCUUUUGCCCGGGUUUUCUUCAUCACUCAGAGCCAAUGCACGGAGGUCCUCAAUGAGACACUGUGUCCGACCUGGGACCAGCUGCUGGUCUUCGACAACGUGGAGCUGUACGGAGAAGCCCAUGAGAUGCGGGAUGACCCUCCCAUCAUCGUGAUUGAGAUCUACGACCAGGACACGGUGGGCAAGGCGGACUUCAUGGGCCGGACGUUUGCGAAGCCGGUGGUGAAGAUGUCGGACGAGGAGUACUGCCCGCCCCGCUUCCCUCCCCAGUUGGAGUACUACCAGAUAUACCGGGGAAACUCCACCGCCGGAGACCUCCUGGCUGCCUUUGAGCUGCUCCAGAUUGGCCCAGCUGGGAAGUCAGACUUGCCUCCCAUUGACGGACCCACGGACCUGGAUCGGGGCCCCAUUUUGCCGGUUCCGCUUGGGAUCCGACCCGUGUUGAGCAAAUACAGAGUCGAGAUCUUGUUCUGGGGAUUGAGGGACCUCAAGCGGGUGAACUUGGCCCAAGUGGAUCGACCUCGGGUGGACAUUGAAUGCGCCGGACGCGGGGUCCAGUCCUCCCUCAUCCAGAACUACAAGAAAAAUCCCAAUUUCAGCACUUUGGUCAAGUGGUUCGAAGUGGACCUUCCCGAAAACGAGCUCCUUCACCCGCCUUUGAACAUCCGGGUGGUGGACUGCCGGGCCUUUGGCCGCUACACCUUGGUGGGCAGCCAUGCGGUCAACUCCCUGCGGAAAUUCAUCUACCGGCCUCCGGAUAAGAAAGCCCAUCACUGGAGCACUGCAGCUAAGCUCAUGAAUGCCUACGUGGCCAUGGCCAACGGGGGCCCCUGUUCUUCUCCCGCAGGUGAAAUCGUGGUCAACAUGGAGCCCGAGGUUCCCAUCAAAAAGAUGGAGACCAUGGUCAAGCUGGAAGCGAACUCUGACGCCGUUGUGAAGGUGGACGUGUCGGAAGAAGAGAAGGAGAAAAAGAAGAAGAAGAAGAAAGGCAUAGAAGAAAUGGAGGAGGAAGAGCCUGACGAGAGCAUGCUGGACUGGUGGUCCAAGUAUUUUGCCUCCAUUGAAACCAUGAAGGAGCUACUUUGGCAACAGGAGGCAGCUGCGGUGGAAGCAGAGGAGAAGGAAGAGAUGGAGUUAUCUGACGGCUUGAAGGUCCAAGGGAAGACCAAGGAGAAAAACAAGGCGGCCAAAGAGGACAAGAAGAAGAAGCAGCAGCAGCUUCCUGAUGUCCCCGAGAAGAAGAACAAGCAGAAAAUCGACGAGUUGAAGGUGUUUCCUAAAGAGCUGGAGACGGAGUUUGACAACUUUGAGGACUGGCUGCACACUUUCAACCUUUUCCGGGGGAAGAUCGGCGAUGAUGAUGACAACUCAGCGGAUGAGGACCGCAUCGUGGGCCGCUUCAAGGGCUCGAUGUGUGUCUACAAAGUCCCGCUCCCCGAGGACAUCACCAAGGAAGCCGGUUACGACCCCAAUUUUGGCAUGUUCCAAGGCAUCCCCAGCAAUGACCCCAUCAACGUCUUGGUCCGUGUCUACGUUGUGCGGGCGACGGAUUUGCACCCCGCGGACAUCAACGGCAAAGCUGACCCCUACGUCGUCAUUAAGCUGGGAAAGACAGACAUCAAGGACAAGGAGAACUACAUCUCCAAGCAGCUGAACCCGGUCUUUGGAAAGUCCUUUGACAUCGAAGCCACUUUCCCCAUGGAGUCGAUGCUGACGGUGGCCAUCUACGACUGGGACUUGGUCGGAUCGGACGACCUGAUUGGCGAAACCAAGAUCGACCUGGAGAACCGAUACUACAGCAAGCACCGGGCCACUUGUGGUAUCGCCCAGACCUAUGCCAUCCACGGCUACAACAUAUGGCGGGACCCCCAGAAACCGAACCAGAUCCUGUCCAAACUGUGCAAAGAGGGCAAAGUGGACGGGCCGCACUACGGACCGGGAGGCAGGGUGAAGGUCUGCAACCGGGUCUUCAUGGGUCCCACCGACGUGGAGGACGAAAACGGUCAGAAAAAACAGACCGACGAGCAUUUGGCUCUCACAGUGCUCCACCAUUGGGAAGAAAUCCCUCGCGUUGGGUGCAAACUGGUGCCUGAACAUGUGGAAACCCGGCCUUUGCUCAAUCCGGACAAACCAGGAAUCGAGCAGGGUCGGUUGGAGAUGUGGGUAGACAUGUUCCCCAUGGACAUGCCGGCCCCGGGGCCCGCCAUCGACAUCUCGCCCAGGAAGCCCAAGAAAUACGAGCUUAGAGUGAUAGUGUGGAACACGGAUGAGGUUGUCUUGGAGGAUGAUGAUUACUUCACUGGCGAGAAAUCCAGUGACAUUUUUGUCCGGGGGUGGCUGAAGGGCCAACAGGAGGACAAGCAAGACACAGAUGUCCACUACCACUCGCUGACUGGUGAGGGCAACUUCAACUGGCGCUUCAUCUUUCCUUUCGACUACCUUGCGGCCGAGGAAAAGAUUGUCAUCUCAAAGAAAGAGUCCAUGUUCUCCUGGGACGAGACCGAGUACAAGAUUCCGGCCCGACUCACGCUCCAGGUGUGGGAUGCCGACCACUUUUCCGCCGAUGACUUCCUCGGAGGCAUUGAACUUGACCUGAACCGCUUCCCACGCGGCGCCAAGACAGCCAAGCAGUGCUCUAUGGAGCUGGCAACCGGCGAAAUUGAGGUGCCCAUGGUCUCUAUCUUUAAGCAGAAGAGGGUGAAGGGCUGGUGGCCUUUCCUUGCGCGAGACGAGAACGACGAGAUGGAGAUGACGGGUAAAGUGGAGGCCGAGUUGCACCUGCUGACCGCUGAGGAAGCUGAGAAAAGUCCGGCCGGGCUGGCUCGUAACGAGCCCGACCCAUUGGAGAAACCCAAUCGCCCGGACACAUCCUUCAUCUGGUUCCUGAACCCGCUCAAGUCGAUCAGAUACCUCAUCUGCACCCGGUACAAGUGGCUGAUCAUCAAGAUCGUUCUGGCCCUUCUGCUCAUCAUCAUGGUGGGCCUAUUCCUCUACUCCAUGCCCGGCUACAUGGUCAAGAAACUCCUGGGGGCCUGAGGAAGAUGCUCCGUGGCCAGGCUCCUCCUCCAUUUCUGAGCCGGACGGUCUUCAUUGCUCUUCGUUUCACUUUUGUGGUUUCGUUGCUUUUCCUUUGGGGAGUAUUACUAUGAUUACCUUUAGUAUUAUCCUGGUUUUAGUGGAGGCCAAGGUGUGGCUCAGGAUUUGCUUUGCCUUGUAUCUUGGGGGAGAGAUGGUGGGUUCUGCCAUCAUCGGUUCCCUUAAGGUCUCCAGUCUAUUGAAGCUGGGCUGAAGUUCCAUAGUUUGAGGUGACCUUCUUAUCUCUACUUUCUGGUGCCUCAAAGAGUGGAGGUGAGCUGGCCUUCCAUUUUUUGUUUUUGUUUUCCUCUCUGUGUGAAUUUGAUGCCUCCAAAAUUUCCUCUGUUUUGUGGUUUUUCUUUUGGAGCUGAGGCCUCCAAAUGCUGCUCUGAGAGGAGCUGGAAAGGGCCUCCUGACCAGUCUAGGUGUGACGUUGGUCAGUGUCUCGUUAUAGAAUUGUUUUCUGUAAGGAUAAAAACUACAUAUGGAGACCCCUAGGAAACAGGGGGAAGCCUGCUCCCAUUUUCGGUGGCAGUAAUAAUGCAAAAGGGCUAGUUAGUUUGUCAGAUGACAGGUUGACAGGAUAUGAACCAAUCUGCCAUUCUUUUUGCUGGAGUUUUUUCCCCCUCCCAUUCCUUGUCCUGAAUGCACUUAGAUAACCUCCAAAAUGCACUGCAACAAACAAACAAAGGAAAAGCACAACCUAACUUAUAUCCAAUGGAAAUCAACCAGCAAAAGUUUAAAUAUGAAAGUAAACAGACAUGCAAAGUAAAUAUUAACCAACAAAAGCUAGAAUAUAGAAGUAAACAGACAUGCAAAGUAAAUAUUGACCAACCAAAGUUAGAAUAUGAAAAUAAAUAGACAUGCAAAGUAAAUACUGACCAACGAAAGUUAGAAUAUGAAAAUAAAUAGGCAUGCAAAGUAAAUACUGACCAAACAAAGUUAGAAUCUGGAAGUAAAUAGACAUGCAA